AAUUUUUGCUAUGGUUUGUAAAAAAAAAUAAAAAAAAUGCUAUGGUUUUUGGUCAAGCAAGGAAGAAAAUGAUAGAAAGAAGGAGAAACGAGACAGAAGUAACAAAACAGGGGAUUAGAUUAGAGGAUCUGUGAUCUAAUCAUAGAUUAGAAGAAAAACACGCACACAGUGAUGUAACAAUAAUUAGUUAAGAGUUAACAAAGAUUCAAAUCAUUCAUUCAAACUCACUCGCAUGGAGACUCACCCGCUACUCCUCUUUAUUUUCUUCUUCUUCUUCUUUUCGGUUUUGUUUUUUCAUCAUGUUGCAGAUUCCACAACCAUUGGAUCUUGUGAUCAAUGUCAUCGAACCAAGCAGGAACGAGAUAUAACUAAAUCUAGAAUCCGCAAUUAUCCCGAUGAAAAGGAUGUAGAUAUAAUUGCAACUUAUAGCGAUGCGUCUGGUCAUAUUCGGUUAGCUAGAUUGAAAAUGAGGGACUUAUCUGAUUCUUGGGUUUGGGAAAGCCCUACUAAUGCAAACACUGAACAUCAAAAUAACUCACAGGGAGGAGUGGAGUCAUUGCAAACUGAUUCAAUAUUUGAAGACAAUCUCAGGCAUUCCACAGAUGAACGUUAUCCCGAAGAAAGCUUGGUUCAAAUUCCACAUUCCUCACUAAUGACUCCGGUGAAGAUCAAGCGCCGGAUGAUGCGGCUUAAAAGAAGAAAAGCUCGUACUGCUGAACUUAUUCAGCAAAACAAAGAAACUGACAAUCGCAUUGUAUCAGCAGCAAUUGAACGCUCCAAAGGAUUUGAUACCACUACCAAGGGAAAGUAUAGUAUAUGGAGGAAAGAAUAUGAAAACCCAAAUUCUGAUUCAACUCUUAAACUCAUGCGAGACCAAAUAAUAAUGGCCAAAGCUUAUACCAAUAUUGCAAAGUCUAUGAACAAAACUGGUCUUUACAAAGCUCUUGUCAACCACUCCAGAGCUAGUCAACUAGCUAUUGGAGAUGCAACUUCUGAUGCCGAGCUUCACACUGGAGCACUUGAUUGGGCAAAAGCUAUGGGUCACGCUCUUUCUAUAGCAAAGGACCGACUUUACGACUGCAUUUUAGUGGCAAGGAAGUUAAGGGAGAUGCUUCAAACAACUGAAAAUAGAGUGAAUAUGCAGAAGAAAAGAAGUGCAUUUUUGAUUCAGCUAGCUGCGAAAACAUUUCCUAGACCAUUGCAUUGUCUUUCCCUGCAACUCGCAGGGGAUUAUUACCUAAAGGGAUAUCAUAAGAAAGGAAAUAUUGGCAAUGAAAAUAUUGAUAAUCCAUCUCUUUACCACUAUGCUAUCUUUUCUGAUAAUGUAUUGGCUGCAUCUGUGGUUGUUAAUUCUACUGUGCUGAAUGCAAACGAGCCUGAGAAGCAUGUAUUCCAUAUAGUAACUGACAAAUUAAAUUUUGCAGCAAUGAGAAUGUGGUUUAUCAUCAACCCUCCUUCUAAAGCAACCAUUGAUGUUCAGAAUAUUGAUGAUUUCAAGUGGCUGAAUUCCUCAUAUUGUUCUGUUUUACGUCAACUUGAAUCAGCAAGACUCAAGGAGUAUUACUUUAAAGCCAAUCAUCCUUCUUCCCUCUCUGCUGGUUCUGACAAUCUAAAAUAUAGAAAUCCCAAAUAUUUGUCAAUGCUGAAUCACUUAAGGUUCUACCUUCCUGAAGUUUAUCCAAAAUUGGACAAAGUUCUAUUCCUGGAUGAUGACAUUGUCGUGCAGAAAGAUUUGACACCUCUUUGGUCAAUUGAUAUGAAAGGUAUGGUGAUCGGUGCAGUGGAGACAUGCAAGGAGAGCUUCCAUAGGUUUGAUAAAUACCUAAAUUUUAGUAAUCCGCUGAUCUCCAACAAUUUUAGUCCCGAUGCAUGUGGUUGGGCAUUUGGCAUGAAUAUGUUUGACUUGAGGGAGUGGAAAAAACGAAACAUCACCGGAAUCUAUCAUCGGUGGCAAGAUUUGAAUGAAGAUAGAACCCUCUGGAAGCUUGGAACCUUACCCCCAGGAUUAAUCACCUUUUAUAAUUUGACUUAUCCGCUAGAUCGAGGUUGGCAUGUUUUGGGACUUGGCUAUGAUCCGGCUCUGAACCUUACAGAGAUAGACAAUGCUGCCGUUGUUCACUACAACGGAAACUACAAGCCAUGGUUAGAUCUUGCUGUUUCCAAGUAUAAACCAUAUUGGUCAAAAUAUGUUGUAUUUGACAAUCCAUAUCUUCAAGCUUGCAACCUCAGUGAAUAAUGAAUUUUUGUGUCCAUAUAUUUCCUUCA